GCACGUCAACCCAACUUUGUAUAACGGAAGUGGCUUGUUUUGGGCCGUUUGACUGCAGAUCCGGCCAACUGUUGUUAGCAUACGUUAGCCGCCGCUAGCUUUCCGGUUUCAGAAUAAGUUGAUUUAAUCGAGAAAGAAAGGCUGACAAGUCGCAAAUCUCCGGUAUAGGUAUAGAUAAAAAGAAAUCCUGGAAAUCGGUUCUACGGCUUCACGUCAUACUGUUUUAUACGUAUAAAAACGGUAUUCAUUUCAAGUAAACAUACUUGACAGUGGUUUGUGCCGUUCUCUCACUCAGGGGCCCUCAGUCCUCCCAGCUCUCAAUAUGGACGAGGACCACACUCACUGUACCUCCUGUGUCAACAGGAGAUGCAUGGUCAGAGCUGAACCAGGAAUUUCCUGUGACCUCAUCACCUGCCCUCAGGUGUGUGGGGCAGUGUUUCACUCCUGCAAAACUGAUGAGCAUCACCUUUUAUGCCCCUUGGUAAGGGUUCCUUGUUUGAACAGUGGCUACGGCUGCCCCGUGGUGCUGGUUCGCAACCAAAUGUACGAUCAUCUUGAAGUUUGUCCGGCCGGAGUGGUGUUCUGCACCAUGGAGUGGAACAGAUGGCCUGUAAGCUGCCUGGACUACACCUCCUACGAGAGCCUGAGCCGCGGGGUGGAGAAGGUGGAGCAGUUGGACAUGGCGCUUGCCCUUCAGGACCAACGCACCCUACUGGAAUCCCUCAAGGUGAUUGCCAUGGCUCCAACGGUGGAGAAAAUGUCACAUCUCCCAGUUAGUAAGGAGAACAGCACAGCUAUGGACUCGUCUCUGUCAUCAUCUACCUCAGGUUUAGCAAAGGAGAAGAUCAUGAGUGGAAUUAAUGGACUGCACGAAGAGCACUUAGGUAAACUUUAUGAGGCCACAGUUGAGACGGCGAGGACUUUGGCUGCAGCUUUAGACUAUGUUAGCAGUGCCACCUUUGUUGACAAAAGUUCACUGGGUAGAAGUAGGGCUGGAGGCCUGGUGGCGGGUACACAGGGUAACAGUGGAGAUCAUCCAAGAGGUUUAGAAAACCCCAUGUCUGGCGUUAAGCCUGUGAGCUUAUGUUCUGGCUGUUUGAGUGAGAGCGUAGUUCCUGAAGAAACAGAGAAGACUAUUUUAGUUUCAACUAAUGGUUCACUUUCAGGGGUAAUGAAGUCCACUCAGGAGACCCCCUAUCCUGUGAAGGCGCAAUGUGACACAGAUGCUGGUGCCCCUGAAGAGACUGCGACCCCUCAGAUGAUAUCUGCAGUGCCUGUCAGCCCAGCUGUAGCACAGAGGGCUGGUCUUGUUGUCCUGGAUGACAGAGGGCUUGUUUCUUUAGAAAUUCAUAGUUCUGAGCAGAGUGAUAAUUCAUUAACGAGCCAAAAUUGGUGUUCAUUACCUAAUGGUCAGCUGGACUUCAUGCCAGAGAGGCCACUUAAUAGAUUGCGACCCGAAAUGGAGGAUAAGUCAGUGGAUACUUCAGAUCUGUGGCAGGAAGAUGACCAGAUGGGACUGGGAGAGAUUGAUUUGAUCACUGCGGCGCUGCUCUUCUGUCUGGAGGAGUCGAAAGAAAGCAGAAGAAUUUCAGACACGAUCUACAUUGACGGCUGCCGUGUUGACUUUGGGACACAAACCUUCACAUUCCCUGCUGCCAUUUUGGUAACAAAUACCAGGGUGGGCGACAUGGCCUCGGCAUCUGCCUGUGACCACGCUGCCCCACAGCUCUCCUACCCCAACCCUUUUUACACUCUCCGUCUCAGUCUCCUGCUGGAGGUCGAAGCACUCGCUCAUAACUGCUACCUUCCCUCAAAACCCAGGUCUCAGCACAUGUUCCCCUUCAUCUGUGGCCAGUCAUUCCGCAGGGACCAGUUUUCUUCCCAUUUCACCAACGUCCACAGUGACAUCCACGCAGGUCUGAAUGGUUGGAUGGAGCACCGCUGUCCUCUGGCUUACUACGGCUGCACGUUCUCACAGCGGCGGUUCUACCCAUCCCACCAGGAGGCCAAGGUGGUUCACGACAGGUACCUACGGUCUUUUGGCAUCCAGCCUUGUCCAAGAACACCACUUUGUGGCAAUUCCCAGUCUGACCAACUAAGCGGGCUUCCCAUCGAGAUAUUGUGGCACAUUGCGAGCUUCCUGGACAGCUUCAGCCUGUGCCAGCUCUCACUGGUUUCUCGGACCAUGAGGGAGCUGUGUGCCAGUCUCCUCCAGACCAGGGGUAUAGUGGAGCUGGUGUGGGAGAGACGACAAGGCCCUGGGAACAGCACUCUGUCAUGGCAGGUCAAAAAGAAAGUGUGGAGAUUCAGCACUGCCUUCAGCCCAGUGAAGUCCUGGGGUUUCUCAGACCUCCCACACAUGUCAGAGCACCUUAGAAAGUGUCACUUCAACGAGGUGGAGCACCAGACAGAACCUAUACCUCUCCCCGCUAUGUGCACCGCCCAGGAGGGACACUCACUACGACGUGUUUUACGUCACAUCAGCGCCUAGAUUACACUUUGGAUUAAUGCCUUAAUAAAGAAAAAACAAAACACUAAAUAUCUCUGUUUUCAGAAAUCAUAAACUCACGUAGCUUUGCACUGCACUUUUGCUAAAAUGCAACCGCACUAAAGUAUAUUUUUCUGUUUUCUCCCGGGUGUCUUUACUGUUGAACCAAACGGACGAAAAAUGUAAUUUGUUAUCAUGUAGGUUUUUCACAACGGCUGUGUUUGCACUUGUCGAGGGGCAAUUACUCUACUCCUCCUAAUUCUGGCUGUGACUGUUGUUCUAAUGCACGUCAGAUGUCUGGGUUUGCAGAUCAUCAGUACAGAUUAAAGAAGACUAGGAAAAUAAGAACAUGGAGUGAUGUAUGUCAUGGAAUUUGCUACCACUCAAUAAAAUCUUUGUUGCC